GCGCCGCCGGGCGCUCAGCAAGCUGACUAUGGCGGAGGUGGGCCGGACUGCCGUGAGCGAUCCGGGUUCGCUGCUCCCGGAGGGCUUCUGGGCGGCGGUGGCUGUGUGGGUGGAGAGGCCGCAGGUGGCCAACAAGCGGCUGUGUGGCGCCCGCCUGGAGGCCCGGCGCAGCGCCUCCCUGUCCCGGGCUGAGGUCCGCGGCCCUCGGCCCAGCUCGGGCCCCGAGCCGGAGGAGAGGGCCGCGGCUGGAUGCGCGCCCGAGGGGGGCCUGGGACCCAGCCAGCGUUUCCCCCAGGAGGGCUCGGAGCCCCGGCCCAGCGCAGCCCCGGAGCAGACCCCCACCAGCCCCAGGUCGGGCGCCGGCGGUGGGGACGACCCGAGGGAAGCAGCCGCUGCGCCUCUGCUCGCAGGGGCCCCCGGCCAGCGCGGCCAGGCUGGAGCCGAGGAGGGUCACUUCCCCGCCCCAGAUCUGGAUUCUGUCUGGAACGAUUUCUCACAAAGCCUCGCCGGCGACAAUCGAGAGAUGCUAAACUUCCUCACCGGCUCGGAGGCGGCCUCGCAGCAAGAGGCUCAGCGUGAGCUGGUCCUGAUUCUCAGAACCAUCAUCCCGAAGACGAGUCCGCGUUGCCCGCUGGGUGCUGCGAGGAGAGAAAUAGUCGUGCAAGAUGUCCUCAAUGGAAUGGUAACUUUUUUACCCCUGGAAGAAGAUGUCGAAGGGAACUUAAGGGUUAAGAUGAGCAGCGUGUAUCAGAUUCAGCUCAGUCGCACCGAAGGAGAAUGGUUCAUAUCUGUUUUAAUUUUCUGUCCAGAAAGAUGGCAUUCGGAUGGCAUUGUCUGUCCCAGACCCACCUGGCUUGGGGGAGAGUUGCUGGCCAGGCUGGCCAGGUGGUGUGUGGGGAGCAGGCAGCGUGGAUUCAAAAGCACCCUGUCCCUCAUCCCCAUCGGGAAGUACAGCCAGGUCUACCAGGAGCUCAAAGCCAAGUAUAAGGACAUGGUCAAGGUGUGGCCUGAAGUCACGGACCCGGAGAAGUUUGUGUAUGAAGACGUGGCAAUUGCUGCCUACCUGCUGAUUCUCUGGGAAGAAGAGAGAGCCGUGCGGGGAGAGACAGCCCGGCAGUCGUUUGUCGACCUCGGCUGCGGGAACGGCCUCCUAGUCCACAUCCUGAGCAGCGAGGGGCAUCCAGGCAGAGGGAUUGACGUCCGGAGAAGAAACAUCUGGGACAUGUAUGGACCCGAGACGCACCUAGAGGAAUGGGCAGUCACUCCAAAUGAUCAGACCCUCUUCCCUGACGUCGACUGGCUGAUCGGAAACCAUUCCGACGAGCUGACCCCGUGGAUACCUGUCAUUGCAGCCCGGUCUUCCUACAGCUGCCGCUUCUUCGUCCUGCCCUGCUGCUUCUUCGACUUCGUCGGGAAGUUCCAGCGGAGCCAGAGUGGGAAGACGCAGUACCGAGGGUACCUGGACUUCAUCGCAGAGGUGGGCUCCACCUGCGGUUUCCACGUGGAGGAGGACUGCCUCCGGAUUCCGUCCACCAAGAGGGUUUGUCUCAUCGGGAGAUCCAGAACCUACCCGCCUGCUGGAGAAGCUUCCGUGGACGAGCGGAGAAGGCGCUACAUCCACAGCCGCCGGGGCCGGGGGCUUGCCCCUCCCCCGCCUGGGGCCGCCGGAGCCCCCUGCCCCGAGGGUGACCGAGGCCUGGACCCGGGGCCUGGGCGGCCAGGGCCAGGGGUCCGGGCGGGAGGCCUCUGGCUGUGUGGAUUUCAGCCCCGAGAACAAGCUGAGCGCGUGAGGAACUGCGCCCGCCUCCCUCGUGCGUUCAUUGAUCAAGUGGUUCUGCGAGUGGCAGGUGUGCUGUUGGGCAGAAAACAGUCGGAGCCCAGCAGUUCCCAGAGCCGGGAUGCGGAGGCCUGGAAUGGAGGAGUGAGCCUGUCCUUGGCGGAAGUGGCCGGUGAGCUGGAUGGCGAGACGCUGCGGAGGCUCAAGCGGGAGUGCGGGGGCCUGCAGACGCUUCUGAGGAACAGCCCGCAGGUGUUCCGAGUUGUGGACGGGCGGGUUUGCAUCCGCGACUGGAGGGAAGAGAGGCUGCAGAAGGAAAAGGAACCCGAAGCAAAACAGAGGCUGUUCUCGGAAGCCUUCAAGACCCGAAUCUGCUGGUUUUUCGCCCAUCACCCCGACGGUUGUGUUCUGCCUUCAGACCGCUGCCCGUUUGCCCACGGGCCUGGGGAGCUGCGGCCGGCACCCGCCAGGAAGAAGAGGCCGGCUCUGUCCGCUGCGGCCGCCCGGCCUAUGGGGCCCGGCGUGGGGAGGCCUCACCCGGAGGGGACGGUGCCCGCUCCCUGAGCGCGGCGGGCAGGCCCGUGUCCUGGUGAUGGUCCGCGUCGUUUCCUGCGCCCAAGGUCUCACGAGGCCCUGACCGCGCCCGCCAGGCCCCGAAGCUAAACCACCUGACCGCCCCCCCGCCUGAGCGCCGGGCUUGUGGCUUGUUUUAAACGUGGCCGCUCUCCGGUGUGCUCUGCAUCCGUACAUCAGAGGACAGGACGGUCCCGCGGCAGCUUGUGUCUCAGCGGACGCAGGAAGCGCUCGAGCUGGCCUCCGGGGCUCCGGUUGGGGCGUGAGGGGAGCAGGGGCCUGUCGGCCUCCCCGCGCUUCCCCGAGCUCCUCUCCCCGCCGCUACGCUUGUCUCUCGAUUCUGGAAAAACCGAUGUGGUGUGCUUCUGCUGAAAAGUCUGUUUGCGGUUUUACACAGAAGGUCACCUCA